CUAUACUAAGUUCUGUUCACUGCCCCGCCGUUCAUAUAGGCAACUCCACACACACACACCCCGCCGUUCAGCGAUUUCACACUAAAUCGCCGCAAUUAUUUUCCAGCUCAAUCUCAUUCUACUGCUAUCUUCUAAGUAUUGAUUGAUGAUGGAGCGUAAAACAGAGUCUUGUUCAAAGAAAUCAAAGGGUUUGAACAUUGAAGGAUACCAAAUUGAGGGUUUAUCCAUUGGAGGCCAUGAAACUUGCAUCAUUUUUCCCACACUUAAACUUGCUUUCGAUAUCGGUCGCUGUCCACCUCGUGCUGUUUCUCAAGAUUUUCUUUUAAUCUCUCAUGCUCACAUGGAUCACAUUGGAGGAUUACCAAUGUAUGUUGCCACACGUGGUUUAUACCGUAUGAAGCCCCCAACAAUUAUUGUACCAAUUUCAGUAAAAGAGGAUGUAGAGAAACUCUUUGAGAUUCACAGGAAAAUGGACCAAUCAGAGCUUAAGCACAAUCUCGUUGGCUUGGAUGUAGGAGAAGAAUUUUCUCUCAGAGACGAUCUUAAAGUAAAAGCUUUUCUGACUUAUCAUGUAAUACCUAGCCAGGGUUAUAUAGUUUACUCUGUAAAAAAGAAACUUAAAUCAGAGUAUAUUGGUCUUUCUGGAAAUGAAAUCAAGAAUUUGAAGGCAUCUGGUGUGGAGAUAACAAAUACUUUGACAGAACCAGAGAUUGCUUUCACGGGUGACACCAUGUCAGAUUUUAUAAUUGAUGAAAAUAACGCUGAUGUCUUGCGGGCUAAAGUUCUUGUAUUGGAGUGCACCUUUCUUAACGAUGCAAUUACUAUGGAACAUGCCAAAGAUUAUGGACACACUCAUUUGUCUGAGAUAAUAAGUUAUGCUGAUAGGUUACAGAACAAAGCAAUCCUUUUGAUUCACUUUUCAGCUCGUUACACCGUAGAGGAAAUUCAACAAGCUGUAAGUGCAUUGCCUCCACCAUUAGCCGGUCGUACUUUUGCACUUACUGAAGGUUUUUGACAAGAAUUUUGAAGUUUGAUUGAAUACGUAAUAAUUGAAUGGAGUUGUUUUUUCCCCCUUCAUUGCCACCUGCCACUAUUGUUGGCAAAUGUGGGAAAAGUAGAAUGAAACGAUAAAUCCACUGAUGUACUAUUCAAUCACAUAGUUUUUUUCCAGUAUAAUUUUAUUCAUUUCAUUAAGUUUAAGGAAAAGAAAAAUGCUGGUUUAUUGAUCUUUAUUCAUUGAGAAAAACUUGUACAUAUUGUUGGCUUGUGUUCUUGCAUGCAAUGCUCUUCUCCAUGCAAGAUCUCCAAAUACGUUCUUGUUCCAAACUUUAAGUGCACCUUUCAAACGUUUCAGGAUUUCCAAGCACUUGUUUAUUCCAAACAUCCUUAAUCAGGCCUUCACAAUCAGGAUGCUUUGUCCAGACCUUGAAGAGACGAAACAGCAUAGCAUGCUGAACUUCUGUUUCACUCUGACUAAUUACUAACGGAUGAUGAUCCGAGCAAUGUUUGUAAAGUGCACAACAAUGUAUUGAUUGCCAAUGGUUCAACCAAGCGUGAUUGCAAAUGGCCCUGUCUAAAUGCAGCGCCACAAAGUUGUCACCGACACCACCAUUAGACCACGUAAAGUGUACACCAACUGUGUUUAAAUGAGACAAAAGAUUAGCAUUCAUCCACUGUAAAAAAUCAUCACAGGAGAUCUUGGGAGGCAAUCUCUUCCCUUGUUUUUCAUUAGCACCUAACACCGCAUUAAAGUCACCUACAAACAGCCAUGGUCCGACAAACAUAACUUGCAGUCGCGUUAAGUCUGCCCAAAGAGUCCUACGCACCAAAUAUGAAGUGCUAGCACACACGGCUGCAACAUAAACUUGUGUAUGAGAUUGUUGUAUUUCCAAGGCAAAGCACUGAUCCGACGCAAACACAACUUUGGUAGCAUUAUUUUUGCUCCACAUACCCCAAAUAUUGGCCUUAUAAUCUCCUCUAUCAUUCACAUAAAAAUGAUCAGCUUGCAGACACUUCCAAAACCAUGAAGGUGUUUGGUUAAUGGACACCAUUGGUUCAGCCAGAAACCAAUAAUCUGGCUUAUGUGUAGCACAACAAUUUUUCUAGGGAAUUUUGGUUUUGGGGUUGCCUAAACCCCUCACGUUCCGAUAAAGGAACUUCAUAAAGAAAGAUUUGAAGGUGCACCACUAGACCGGGUGUUAUAAGACUUCUCAACGCUUCUAGCUUUCCUGCGCAGUUUCUUCUUUUGACCCUUGGAGAGAUAUUGUGAAUUGCUCCUGUUCUACCAUAUCCACCCAGGCUUGUCGAAUUAAGCUAACAUCUUGCUGCGCCACUAAAGGAAGGCGGGCACAGGAAUCGCGGAACUCAUUGCACCUGAAACAUCGAAACAGACAAAUCUUCCAUUGGAGGAAGUGCGCAAGAAUAUUUGGUUGGUGGACUCAAAGGGAUUGAUUGUCAGAUCCCGUAAAGAAUAACAUUUUGGUUUCAGUUUCAAUUCCAAAAUGUUGCAAUUUCUUUGCAUUGAAGUAAUUGACACCCAAACAUAUCUUGGAAUCGACUAGAUUUUGGCUAAAUUCAGUUCUAUGUUUGAAAGCUCACUUUGAUUAUAUUUCUCAUUGCUACGUAUAUAGACCUUUAGUAGCUUGAUAAAUAUGUUUGAUUUGUGUAACCCGAUCUCUUUUGAUGUUGUUGUGACCUAAUAGUGCUGCAUCUAGUGAUGUUAUUGCCAAUGUUGCACUUUUGCCACAUGAGGGUGUGAAGGUGAUGUUCUCCAAAAUUUGUCAAGUCUGCAAGAACCUUGUGGUAAUGAUAACUCUGUCUUGUUUUAUCUAUAUUUGGAGUUGUAGAGGUCCGAUUGAGGCGAUCUUUGAUUCGUUGGAAAGCAUAGCAAAUUUUCUACCAUUCUUCUGUUGAACGCAAGAGCCAAUUCGGAAUAUUUCAUGGUGGAAAAUCAGGGGGAAAAUGAUGAGUGCACAGCAAACAAAGGCAUAUGAGACUGUUAAUGUUGUUUUUGAAGUUUCAAAAGCUGUUAAUAUGACGCAAUCUAUGAAAGUUGUUCGCGAGAUAGAAGGUGCUAGCAAGGAACAUGGUAGCCUAGUAUUUGGGAUGCCUUUACACACUCUAAAGUUAUACCUCAAGAAACUCAGGUGAAGAAAAUGAUCCAGCACAUACCUCAAUAUCAAGUUCCUUUGAAGAGGUACAUGUCAAUGAUGGAUCUUCAG